GGUAAUGAAUUAGGCCCGAGAUUGCACAAGUGAGAACAGAACUGUGUUUGCCGUAUACCCCGGGUAAAAGCGGACCGCUGUUUCUACCUGCUGUUUCGACAAUGCGCGGGUCACUGUUACUGCUGCUGAUGGCAAUAUCACGUAUUAGCGGGUUCUACAUCACAGACCCCAGCCCAUUGUCGUCAGAUCGCAAAUUCUACCAAAUAUCUUCUAACGAUCUAUUGUCUUUAACAAGAUGUGAGAAGAAAAUCACAUUCAAUGACAAAGAGGAUUUAAUGAUAACUUACUUGAAACGAACUCACAGAAAUGAUACAAUACCCGGUUUGGAUGUGUUUCUGGAGUUAUCGGCCUUGAACAGCGGUGUCGCGGAACAGACAAGGAAUAUAUCUGGAUUUACACCAAACAUGACCCGUUUUACCCUACAUGGAAAUAAUGUCAUGAUAAGUUUGCAUCCUAAUUACUGCGACCAGCAGAUGUUACGUGUAACUACAUAUUUCAUUAUUUUCGUCAGUGUUACAAAACCCAGUGACCGCUGCGCAGAUCCGGGGACUCCGGAAAAUUCUGUUAGAAGUGGUCAAACCAGUGAUUUUGUUGUCGGGGAAAACAUUCGGUUUUUCUGUAACCAUGGAUACGUUUUGUCAGGAUCUAGGAUUAUUUCCUGUGCCAGGAACCCUUAUACAGGCAUUCCUGGAUGGACCGGAAGUAAGCCUAUAUGUGUGAGGCAGUGCGAAACACCGCUCGCUCCGAAGUUUGGACGCGUAUCACAGACAUCGUCUUACGGCUCUGUACGUUUUACUUGUCAGAGUCCAUUUUCAUUAGUAGGACCAGAAAUGAUAACAUGUUUGGACAAUGGCGCUAAACCAACUUGGAACGAUUUCCCGCCAAAAUGUAUCGUCACCACGUGCCCGUCAAAUGGUUCUGUUCUUAAAGCAACAUACGACAGUAAAUUUAUCGCCACGCCCAGUUUCCCUGGAAACAUUAUUUACUCAAAUAUGACCUGCAAAUGGUAUAUAAGAUCAAGAGAUAAUACGUGUAUACACAUUUACUUUGAAAAUUUCGAUUUACCAAAGGAUGUCGUUUUUGAAAUACACAAAUACGUCGGAAACUUCUCGGAUGAUAGGGACCGUGUCUGGUCUUCUCGCUCUGGAGGAGAGGGUCACAGGAAAACUGUGAUUGUAUGUGAUUCUGUGAUUCGGGUGACUUAUACCAGUCGGGAGGUGGCCGUGACGGGACAUAGUGGGGUUUAUAUGCGGUACCAGUCUCGGCCGAUCUCCGUGUACCAUGCGGCGUAUCAGAGAGCUGCCCGCUUAGAAUUCAAUGACCAGAUAAGCGUGGAGACGACCAUGGCGACAGGUCAGUCGGAAGCAGACGACGGUUCUGGCGUUGACGUGCCUGCCAUCGCUGCCGGUGUUACAGUUUCCGUGAUAGUUCUUAUCAUUGUUGGGGUUGCUGUCUAUAUCUGGUACCGUAAGAAGUACCCCGUCAGGAUGAUCAUCGGAAAGGACUUCGGCAAAUUCACAAAUCCUGUGUACAAUAGGAAAACUUCUACCGCAACGCUUACACGUCCAGAUUCAUUCGAGAAGGAGAUCGAGAAAAUGGCUGCAGAAAAAUGUGUAUCCCACGACAAUCACGUUGAUUUGAGUGACGAGCAAGAAUAUCAGCCAACAGCAGGACUGACUUUGUUGGGAAGUCUAGGAAUUAGAGAAGGAUUAGAUGAUUUUGAUAAUCCAGAAAUGAAGAAACGUAAUAACACAAAACAGAGGAAGAAAAUUGUACCUACAACAAAAGUUGUUAUAGAGGAAGAGGAGGAGGAAGAGAAAGACGAAGGUAAGAACUUGUCAAACUCUUCUUCAGAAUCGUCCCCCACUGACGAUGAAAAGAGUUCCGCAUCGGACGAAGAUUCUGACGGAGAAGGAUUCAGACCAGUUACCGACGCACCAAAGAUCAAACGAAAGCGCGUGUCUGCAUAUCUCAACGAAGUGCUAGAUAGACAAAGCUCCCAAGAUAGCGCUGACGGAGAAUCUAUCGUCAGUCCGGGAGUUAUCCCGGAAAAGGAGCCACCUUCCGAUGGCGUUGACGUGGUAGUUCAUACUGAAAUCCAAAAGCAGAAUGAUGAGAGCGUGUCCAGCAAGGAAGACCGGAUGAACAAGGAAGAUAUAAUAGAGGAAUCUAAUGAUGUUCCAAAGGAAAGCGAUACUAUGGAUCAAAAAGUAGAAAAUGAAAAUGCUGCUGAUGUUCCAAAGGAAAGCGAUACUAUGGAUCAAAAAGUAGAAAAUGAUAAUGCUGCUGAUGUGCCAAAGGAAAGCGAAACUAUGGAACAAAAAGUAGAAAAUGAAAAUGCUGAAGACGUUAGCCAGCCGGAUAGACCGAUGACUGUGCUAAAGCUUGGAAUAGAAGGCUUUAAUUUUGCGAACGAAGACGACGACGAAAGUAGCCAUUCAUCAACUAAUACAGAAACAGCCGAUAAAGUAGAAGAAUCAAGUGUUCCGGAGAUUGAUAUUACCUUGGCGAAUGUAAAGGAGAUUGAUUUUACAGCAGAUGAAAUUAUGGCAGAAGUAAAACACUUGGUACAAGAGGAAGCAAAAAUUACAAUUGAUGACUCAGUUCGGUUAGAACCAAGUAAAGACGCGGAUCAACUAGAACAUGAUGCCGUUUCUCCGAAGGACACAGACGGCCAGAUUAUUGAAGAAGUUAAAGCUAUAACUGGGGAUACUGAAGAGAAUGAUGAGACUGAUGCGGUGUCAGGCGAAGACGUAUCCGAUGAAAAGAAUUCAUCGGCCAUUGAUGUAGGCAAUGUUUAUGAAGCUGAUAUUGAUCCCGUUAAUGUUGCCGAAGUGAGCAACGAAGACAGCUUUGUCGGUGUAGUAUCUUCAGUUCCGUCUGAGGAAACGCAGCAGGAAUUGGCCGACCAUUCAAAUGAUCGGGAUGUCACGCAUAUCAAGAUGACUGAUACACAAACAGACACCACAGUGGAUGCAGCAACGACAGAAAGUACAUUGGAAGUGUUGGAAGGGCAAGAACAUAAUACUUAUGCAAAUCAAGACAUUAUAGGUUAUUUGACAAAAGACGAGAUGCGAGAGCUAACAGCUCGUACUAAGUCUUUUGGAGAAGACUCUCUUUCGUCUGUUUACAGCGGAGAAAUGGUUGAAGAGGAUAAUCCAGUUGCUGAAAUACCAGAGCAGGAUUUCUCCUCGGGGUUAAGUCUUGACGAGACAGAUAGUUUGGAAGUUCCGUAUAAAAGCAAGGUAGAAGUGCAAUUUGAAAAACUCAUCCAAGAUAUUGAUAACCACUCAAAUUCAUCCGACAUUGAAAAGGAGGAUGGCGUUGCUGAAACUACAGAACACGAAGUCACGACUCCCAUGAAAGAAGAAUCCACAGCCUUAUUCGAUCUAUCUUUUGCUAAUAUAUCAAACGGAUGGAACGGCGAAACGUCCGAUUUAUUACCACAUUCCGAAAAUUCGGAUAGCAUUAUUUCUCAGGUAUUGACUAACGGCCCUUCUUUAGGUGAAGAUUUCGUCAAUGCUACAGAAAGCACAUCAAGUCAAGCCCUUUAUGAUUUAUCAUUUUUAGAAAAUACAAACAUAUCAAGGGAAGUUUCAUCAGCCCAACCUAUUACACUUGUGAUGUCUGGAUUCGAUACGGGAGAGAGUAGCACGGAUGUACAAAAUCAAGAGGAUAUCGCCCCGAACGAUGAAAACUUAAAUGGAUCCAGUUUGGAGGACGACAGUGAUAGCAGUAAGAUAUCAAACGAAGACUUGAUUGAAUAUAUCGUUAAUCCAGAAACAAAUGAGGACAAUGACGAAGAAGAUGAAGGCGACGAUCAGGUCGAUGAGCUCCAACUAAUGGCAGAGGUAGGUGGAAAGGGCAAACGGAGGAGCAUCUCUCUUGAAAAUCCAUUAUUUGAUACAUUAGAUUUUUCCAAGUUUCAACCGAGCGUGAUAGAUUCUAAACAAGAUGAUAGCAACAAAGAAUCAGAUAUCGAAGAUCAAAUAAAACCACCUGCAAUUGGACGACGAGAGAGCAUCUCUCUUGAUAAUCCGUUCUUUAAUACUGAUGACCACGAGCUACAAGAACAGUCACAUCAAGGCGAAAAAUUACGUGUAAUACAGGUAUCAAAUCUUCUCGUUACUCCACCAACUUCAUCUAAUGAAUCAUCGAGUGACGACUCCGACAGUGACACGGGGAGUGUGGGCGAGUAUCAUAUCAAUCCAUCAUCUGAUCACGAGGACGCGGAACAAAAACCACCCAAUGAUGAAACGAAACAAGACCCUAAUCUGCCUGUUGGUGUUAUGAACUUUUUGUCAGUUGACUCUCAAAGCGAACACACAAACCCAAUGAAAAACAAAACUUCACUAACAAUACCGUUAGAAUUUGAUCCCAGAAAGAGGACAAAUUUGGAACCCGAGGAGUCCGAUGCUUCCUCUCUUGACUCAGCAACAAUGAAAGAGAUCGAGGAAUUGUCAUCAGAUUCAGAGGCUAACAGUAAGGACCAUGGAGGUGCGUCUGCCAAAGCUAGUGCACCUGCGCCAAAGAAAUUUUCUCUGUCAUCGAUCUCAAGAAAAUUCAAAAGUAGCUUUAAAACAACCACGAAACCCGAUUUGCAAACAGGGGAUGGUGAUAUGGUGGAUGUAUAAGACAAUUCCUGUAUGAGGUCUAGUCUGUGGUAGUGAUUUACUUACAGUACCCAUAUUCAAUUUCAUUGUUCUUUUGUAUGAUUACUACAAUAUGAUAUUUAUAGUCCUAGAAAGCUUAAUUCAAUAUAUGCAACAAUAACAUCUACAGAACAGCAACGUGUACAAUACGUAAUAACAUACCGAAACGAUAACUGAUAGAUUUUCACUUCUUCAACGACAUUUCAUUGUCGACAUUGUUAUCGUGGGCGUCAACGUUAAGCUUAUUUUUAAAUCCUUUUAAAGCAACUUGUGCGUGGACUUUUCGUUACUUUAAUCAACACGGAUUUAAUUAAUCACAUAUGACUUGUUUCUUGAAUAAUCAAAUUCGAUACCGAAAUUAGAUAUCUGUGUGUAGGCUUUCACCGUACCCAGUUUUGUUCUUGCGCUACCAAUAUUUGGUUCAGCUGAAAGUUAACAAUUAACUCCUAUUAGUGUAAACGUGUCAGUAGACACCGAAAACAAGAAAUGCCUGUUAGUGCAUGUAUGUAUCUAUGUAUGAAAUCCAUAUACCAAUAUAUUACCAGUAUUAUUUUUUAAUCGGAUGUCAAUUUAUUUUAAGUAUCGCAGUAACAAGGACAUUCUAGAGUGCUGUGAUAAUACUGUAUGUCUGUGUAUGAUCGUGUGUGAUAGGAAGGGACGAUCAACUUCCAUCGUCAGAGCCGGGCUUCAAGUGUAAUAAUCUUUCUUUUAAAUAUAGAACAAUGUAGCGUGUAAUGUCAUUACACUGUUGUGUAUUAGUAUUUUACGCGCUAUAUUCUGAUAGAAAUAAAAUAGUAGUGAUUUUCAAAUCAGU